GGGCAGUGCAGUCGGACGGGGCGGGCGAGUGGUCAUGGCGUGGUUACUUGGGCCGCGCUGAGGAGGACUUGCUUCUUUCUGUCGCAUUCGGGAAGGGGUAGCUGCCGCUGCGGCUGCCACCACAAUGAAAGGCGUGCUGGCCAGCCCUGUGGCCGCCGCCACAACUAUGCAGGAGAGCUUUGGCUGUGCCGUCGCCAACCGCUUCCACCAGCUGCUCGACGACGAGUCCGACCCUUUCGACAUCCUCCGCGAGGCAGAGCGGCGCAAGCAGCAGAGCAAGAAGCGCGAAGAAGCGGCUGUUUCAACCGGCAGAAAGACCGGCCCUGGAGGAGUCGCUGCUGCCACCGCUGUCAAAAGAGAAUCCCAGAAGGAGCGAAAAGGCUCCCCGUUCUUUCAGUCGGAGAGCCCCCCAGCACCUGGCCAAAAGCGAGCUCCAAAAAGAGGAGAACAACAGGGUUGGAAUGAAAACAGAGGUACGGACAUAAAGCAAGAUAAAGCUGAAUGGAAACCUUUCAGGGAAUACUGUCCUCAUGAAAUGGAAAGACAAGCAGAGUUUACAUUUGAAAG